CCCGCCCCAAGACCCCCCCCCCCCCCUCCCUCCCAUCCCCCUACUGCGUCUCUCCAUUUCGGAGCCUCCGCGACCCUCGAAGUCGUCGUACUGCUGGCCAGCCGGCCGCCAUCCUGCGAGCUCCUCCUCCUCCUCCUCCUCUUCCAUCACCACCGUGAUGAGGCAGCAUCAGCAUCGUCAUCUUCAUCCGUGAUGGAGCCGCGACGCCUCCUGCCACCUCUUUGGCUCUUUUCUCCUCGCGCGUGACAACAGCCGCACGCACGCAGAGGAGAGGAGAGGAGAGAAGAGGAGAGGAGAGGCUUGUGCGUGCAUGUGCGUGGAUGGGAACGAUGAGCGAGGACGAGACCGGCCCGCGUGCGGCGCGCGCGAACGCGCACAAAGCGCUGCAACAGUGCGAGCUGGUGCAGAACAUGAUCGACAUCAGCAUCUCCAGCUUGGAGGGCUUGAGGACCAAAUGUGCCACAUCCAACGACUUGACGCAGAAGGAGAUGCGCACGCUCGAGGGCAAGCUGGUGAAAUACUUCAGCCGGCAGCUGUCGUGCAAGCGCAAAGUGGCCUUGGAGGAGCGCGGUGGCCAGCUGGACGACUUCCCUCGCCUGGGCCACUGGUUCCGCAUCGUCAACCUGAGGAAGGAGGUCACGCAGGACAUGAGUCCCGCCGGGGUGACGCUGGAGGGCCUCCUGGACAUGAGCGAGCAGCAAGUGUGCGAGCUGCUGCAAACGUUUGGUGCCAACGGAGAGGAAUGCGCCCGCCUCAACGCCUCGCUGGCCAGCCUCAGGAGGGCACAUCAGCUCGAACAACUUGAGGAGGAUAAGUUGCACACCAAUGGAGGCAGCCAGGCCAAGACGGACUGCUCUAUCCAGUGGCCCACCUCCAAGUCGGGCAAGGAGAACACGCCUGUGUGCCAGCCGGAACCUGACCAGUGGAGCCGCUUCCAGCUGUCCCAGGGCCCCAAAGUUCAGUUGGGGCAUGAGCGGCACGGGUGCCGCGGCCCCCGGGCCCCGUCGCCGUACGGCGAGCGCCUGACGGCGGACGGCCCUGCCGUGGGAGCACCGCCCACCUCCGACUGCGGCCCCCGUUCGCUGCCGCCCUCGCCCCGCCAGAGACACCUGGGCCAGGCGCUGCCUCAAACGCCGUCCAUCUUCAACAGCACGACGCCGCCCGUCCGGCGCAGGAACAGAGUCAAGGCACCGGGCACGCCGCCGCCCCCCAGCCGCAAGCUCUUCCACCUUUUGCCGGGCUUCACCGCGCUGCACCGCAGCAAGUCGCACGAGUUCCAGCUGGGCAACCGACUGGACGAGACCACCGCCGCCACCGCCGCCGUCGCCGCCGCCGCGCCCAAAGCCAAGAAGAAGAGCAAGCCGCUGAACCUCCAGAUCCACGGCAGCGUGGGCAGCUGCGAGAACCUGCCCACCUUCCUCCCCAGCCAGCGCUCGCCCCUGCACACCGAGCGCUGCCUCAGAUCCUUCUUCCUACCCUCCUUCGUGCCCUCCACGCCGCCGGUGCGCGCCGAAACGCCCUCCGCAAACACGCUGUCAGUGCCUCGCUGGUCCCCACAGAUCCCCCGAAGAGAUCUGGGAAACUCCAUCAAACACAGGUUUUCCACCAAGUACUGGAUGUCACAGACAUGCCUGGUGUGCGGCAAGGGAAUGCUGUUCGGGCUCAAAUGUAAAAACUGCAAGCUCAAGUGCCACAACAAAUGCACCAAAGAAGCUCCGCCCUGCCACCUACUCAUCAUCCAGCGAGGCGGCCGAGAUUCCCUCAAAGACCAACAAGGAGUGACUCAAGUGGCUCGUCUGGUGCGCACCGAGUCGGUGCCAUGCGACAUCAACAACCCGCUCAGGUACAGCGACCUGCUUGUCAGUCAGACUCUGCCCAAAACCAACAAAAUCAGCAAGGAUCACGUCCCGCCGCCGUACCAGCCGGACUCCAGCAGCAACCCGUCGUCCACCACCUCGUCCACGCCGUCGUCGCCGGCACCGCCGCCCAGCAGCGCCACGCCGCCCUCGCCGCUGCACCCCUCGCCGCAGUCAGCGCGACAGCAGAAGCACUUCAACCUGACCGCGUCCAGUUAUUUCAAGUACAAACAGCAGUUCAUUUUUCCAGACGUCACUCUGGAAGCUCCUCCCAGCAGAGCACCGCAAGUCGUCCUGCAUCCCGUCCUCUCAGAGCCAGGCGAGGAGGGAAAGCCUUUGCUUCAAAUCGAAGUGGAGCCCACUUCCGACAACGACGAGGGUGACGAGGAGGAGUCGGGCGACGAGUUUGAGGAGAUGAACCUGUCGCUGCUAUCAGCCCGCAACUUCCCGCGCAAGGCCAGCCAGACCAGCAUUUUCCUGCAGGAGUGGGACAUCCCCUUGGAGCAGCUUGAGAUGGGCGAGAUGAUCGGCAAGGGUCGCUUUGGCAAGGUUUUCCGCGGGCGCUGGCACGGCGAGGUGGCCGUCCGCCUCAUCGACAUUGAGCGCGACAACGAGGACCAGCUCAAGGCCUUCAAGCGUGAGGUGAUGGCCUACCGCAACACGCGCCACGAGAACGUGGUCCUCUUCAUGGGCGCCUGCAUGAGUCCGCCGCACCUGGCCAUCAUCACCAGCCUGUGCAGGGGCAGAACGCUUUAUUCGGUGGUGCGCGACAUCAAGGUCGUCCUGGACGUCAACAAGACGCGACAAAUUGCACAAGAGAUGGUCAAGGGCAUGGGCUACCUCCACGCAAAAGGCAUCCUCCACAAGGACAUGAAGUCCAAGAAUGUCUUUUAUGACAACGGCAAGGUGGUCAUCACCGAUUUCGGCCUCUUCACCAUCUCGGGGGUCCUGCGAGCCGGCAGCCGGCGAGAAGACAAGCUGAGGAUCCCGAGCGGCUGGUUGUGUCACCUGGCUCCGGAAAUCAUCCGCCAGCUCUCUCCCGAUACCGAGGAGGACAAGCUGCCUUUCUCCAAGCAGUCUGACGUCUUUGCGUUCGGCACCGUGUGGUUUGAGCUGCACGCCCGCGAGUGGCCUUACAAGAGUCAGCCGGCCGAGGUCAUCAUGUGGCAGGUCGGCAGCGGCAUCAAGCCCAGCCUGGCCCACGCCGGCAUGGGCAAGGAGAUCCUGGACAUUUUGCUGCUGUGCUGGGCUAUGGAGCAGGAUGAGCGUCCCAGUUUCUCCAAGCUGGUGGAGCUGCUGGAGAAGCUGCCCAAGCGCAACCGCCGCCUUUCGCACCCGGGACACUUCUGGAAGUCGGCCGAGUACGUCAAAUGAAAAAGCGCCCGCCCACCCUCGAGCGAUUCUUUGCGGGCAACGCGACUGUUGUACAGUUGAGUGCGCGUGACCAGUAUCCGUAUAUCCCUCUUGGCUCAUUUUCUCCACGUUGAGCUUUAAUGGCCGUUGGGUUCUUAUUUUUUUUUCCUCGUAGCUUUUGCUUGUCAGCGCCGUACCGCAUGAAUGCUUUCUUCCGGACGUUGAAAUGUGAAAGUGCCGAACCUUCAUGAGUUCUUUCGUCUUCUCUGGAACUUUAACAAAGUUUUACUCUCCUUUUUUGUAAUGACUGGCUUAUGAUUUGCCCCAAAAUGGAAAAUGUCGUCUGCCAAGUGAGCUUUUUUUUUUUUUUUAAUCAAGCACCAUUGUGGCUCAAUUGAUUGACAGGCGCCUCAUCUGAGCUGCAACACCCCCCCCCCCCCACCACCACCACCACCACCACCAAAAAGCAAAACAAAACAGACAAUCAUAUCAUGCUCCUUCAAAUGGUUGGCUCUGAAAAAUAAAAGAAAGGAAAGAAGAAUCAAAGCUUUUUUGCUGCUGCUGUUUUUGUGACUUUUCGCCAGGCCUGGGCAACACGACAUUCACGUAUGUACGAGAUAAAUUUAGCUCAGGAAAAUUUGAAGACAAAAGCAUCAAUCAAAAGCAAUGAAUCCAUUUUUUUUCGGGGACAAUUAGCCUGCAAGGCGGCGUAUUUUCUUUGACAAGCCAUUUAUGAGUAUUUGAGGAUUUCCUCUUUGAUUUUUUUUUUUUUUUGAUGGGGGGUGUCAAUUAUUCUCAUUGGAUUUUCUUGGCCAUUGGUGGCGCCGCUGCCAACCGCAAGCAACAUUGGAGAACGUCGGAAGUUUGCAGUGCUCUCUUCUUUUCACUUCCAACAUUUGCAUUGAUCCCAAUUUGUACUUUGACGCCAUUCAAGUAUAUAUAUAUGCGUUGUUUAUAACGAUCCCUUGCCAAUAGGGGACAGGGAGGCGCAAUGAGGAACAAAAUGCAAAUGAGCAUCGAGUUGCCAAAUAUGGAGAAUCAAACAUUGGUGCCAAGUGUACAGAAAUGAUUGUGGACCAGCUUAUGAUGAUGAUGAUGUUUAGCAAUGGGAUUCUUUUUGCGUUUUGUUUUCCCCUUGGACUCUACUUUUGAAUGUAGAAGAGGCUGUCGUUGCUCUUUGCUUCCGCUCAUUUUCUUUCCUGGAUGUGAUUUUGUCUGGUAGCUUGUAAAGCAAUGUACAGCGCCAUCGAGCAUACCGUUUCAGAAAUUGUGAGUGUGAAGGAUGCCUUCUUCUUUUUCUUACUCUUCUUCUUCUUCCUCUCCUUCCUCCGGCUGAUUUGCACUCAUUCUUUGUCAAUGUUUGUGAAUGACAAUAAAAAAAAGAAGCUCUUUUUUU